GUGUGUUUAAGGUCCGGCACCAGACGAGCUGCGGCUCACCUGAAAAAGUAACCUGUGUUUACUUCACGGUCCCGCAGGAAAGAAAAGCCGGUUCUUUCUUCGGAUACGUGAAAUGUACGCGGCGGCCGUUGAAGAUGGCGGAUUAACGAGUUUACCGGCCGUGUUACCGACGCUGCGGUGACGGUUUCUCCUCACUGUGGCAUGUGAACGGAGGCAACAGGCAACAACGACAGCAACCGUUGAUUUUAAGUGUUUUUGCCUUUCCGGUGUCCAGUUGUGACGCUUAGCAGCGGGCUAGCGUUAGCUUGCUAAACCGGGAUGAACUGCGACUGGAGCUCGGCCCUCAGCCGCUCCGGACAUCCUCCGGUCGCCGAGUAGCAUCAGAAAAAUAUAUUUUAUCAUGUUAAACAGUUUUAUUUAGUAUUUUUCCGCUUCUGAACACCGAGUCCGGAUGUUUUAUACAGGAGGACACCGCUGUGGACUCUUCGGCUCGCAUUAAUAAUCUCCCGAACGAUGGACACUUAGAGAUCUGGACCCGAGAGAAGGUGACCGCCGAACAGCGUCAGAAAAACACGAGUUUUUAAUGUCAAACGCAUUUAAUUCAGAAUUUCUGAGCUCUUGAAAACGGGUUUGAAUGUUCCGGACGUCAGGACACCUUUGUGGAUAAUUCGGCUCACAGUAAAACCCUCCUGAACGAUGGGCACUCAGGGACCGGGCAGGAAGAGGAUCCCGAACCGGGAGAAGCUGACGGCCGAGGACGAUGCUCUGAACCAGAUCGCACGUGAGGCGGAGGCGAGGCUGGCAGCGAAGCGAGCGGCGAGAGCCGAGGCCCGGGAGAUCAGGAUGAAGGAGCUGGAGAGACAACAGAAAGAGAUGUCAGAUGACGAGGAGAGGAUGUCUGUGGGCAGCCGAGGCAGCUUCAGGGUGGAGGAGCGACCUGACAGAGACUUCCUGGAUAAAGGUUCGAGGACGGCGUCGACUCUCUCCGCCGCCACUCUCGCCUCGCUGGGCGGAGCUUCGUCUCGCAGAGGAAGCUGUGAUACUUCGUUCUCUGUGGAGACGGAGGCGUCCAUCAGAGACAUGAAGGAGUCUCUGGUGGAGGUGGAGGAGAAGUACCGGAAAGCAAUGGUUUCUAACGCUCAGCUUCACAAUGAGAAGACGACUCUGAUGUAUCAGGUGGAAACUCUGAAGGAGGAGCUGAGCGACAUGGAGGAGCUGCUGUGGGAGUCACGGCGACACUGUGACGACACCAGCAGGGUGCUCGAGCGUGAGCGUCAGGCUCACAGUGUUCUUCAGUUCCAGUUUGAAGAGAUGAAGGAAACUCUGAGACAGACUGAAGAGCUGCUGACGGAGGUGUCCGACCUUCGAUUGAAGAGCAGCACUUACUGUCAGGAGGUUUCUGACCUGCAGGAAGUUCUGCAGUGGAAAGAGAAGAAGAUGGCGGCGUUAGAGAGGCAGAGAGAAAUCUCCGACAUCGUUCGGAUCGAGCGCGAUCGGCUCAGAGACGAGGUUGUCCGCCUCAGAGAUGCGCUGAAGAAACACGGAGUCGUCGUCUCUCCCGAGGCCUCGACCAACGGGGAGACGGCGCAGGGCGAUGAUGAGGACGAUGUCAGCGCAGAACCUGCUGCCGGAUUGGCUCGGGAACCGCCUCAUGGCAGAGAGAGCGUGCUCGGUAAGGAUCAGUUCCACCUGUGUCCAGAGCUCCGGCUGAAGAAACUGUUUGCAGAACGAGAGAGUUUACACGACCAGGUGAGACUGCUGAAGUCCCAGCUGGAUCAGAGACAGAAAAACGGGACAGACGGAGUCCAGAAUCCAGAGGGGGACGGUCUGGAGAACGGGAUGGACUCUCAUCUUCUGGACCUACAGAGAGAUGCCAACAGGCAAAUGAGCGAUCUCAAGUUCAAACUGGUGAAAUCUGAGCAGGAAGUCACGACUCUGGAACAAAAUGUGAUCCGGCUGGAAGGUCAGGUGAGCCGAUACAAGCUGGCGUCAGAAAACGCUGAGAAGAUCGAAGACGAACUGAAAGUGGAGAAGAGAAAACUGCAGAGAGAGCUCCGCUCGGCUCUGGACCGGAUCGACGAGCUGGAGGCCAGCAACAGCCACCUCUCCAAGCGUCUGGAGAAGAUGAAGGCCAAUCGGAGCGCCCUGCUGGCCCAGCAGUGACGCUUUGUCCCGGGACGCGUCAAGCGGUCCAGGUCCCUCAGUGAACUGUUCGUGCCAUGCUUUCAUCUCCGGCCUGACCGACAGACAAUCAGCGCUUGUUUUUAAUCUGCAUGCAGCACCAGACGGGUGGAGUUACACCGGCUCAAAACAAACCAAAAACAGCGACGAGCGAACGAUCCAUCAAACAAUUGAUCGAUCAAUCGCGGACACGUUUCAACAGUCCCAUCUGUAAUGUAGCGCUCUGAUCCCGUUGCCAUGGACACGGCUCUGCAGACUCUUCGUGGGUGGAGUUUAUCACACAGCGACUUACAGGAUUAUUUUUAUUCAGACCAGCCGAGCUCAGAGGAAAACGAUUCAAAGAAAAUCUAAAUGCGCCACGAUCACGAGAUGACGAAUAACAAAAGCAAACUUUUCUGUUCGUCACUAAAAUGUGUUUGAGGUGUGACAAAGAUAAAAACAAUCUGAUGUUAAAAAGUUUAAACCGAACUGUCACAUCAGUCAGAAAUGAAAGUAGAUGAGAUGAGAUUGGAAGUCUAACGCUAACGCUAACCCCUAAACCUUGUCAUAGAAAUACUUAUCUCGUCCUGAUGUGGUAAACUCCACCCACCUGGCCCUGCAGGUGUGUGAAAACAAACACUACAUCUGCCUCGUCGACAUUCAGCUGCUCCAUAUGUGCGACACUAUCCCUCCUCUGACACCGGGGGCGCCGUUUCCCUCAAAGACUCCACUACAGAUCAGAUCAGACUGGGUCACAAAGGAUCAGACCAGAUGAGACUGGGUCAGACUGGGCCAGACCGGAUCAGAUCAGACCGGAUCCGUCAGGAUCAGACUGGGUCAUUCAGGAUCAGGCUGGGCCAUUCUGGAUCAGUCAGGAUCAGUCAGGAUCAGUCAGGAUCCGGCUGGGUCAUUCUGGGUCAGUCAGGAUCAGGCUGGGUCAGACCAGCAGCAGCUGAGUUUUUGAACUUUAUUUUGAUUCUUGUUGUUUUUUUCUGUUUUCAUGUUGAAGCGCUCUCGUGUUCGUCUGAACUUUAGUCCAGUUUUAGAGUUCGGUGGGGGUUCGGUUUGGUUCGGUGGGGGUUCGGUUUGGUUCGGUGGGGGUUCGGUGGGGCCGAAUGUCCAGCGAUCAAUAACGCUGCAGCAUCGUGUAAAUCCUCAAACCUCAGAAUGUGUUCUUACACCAGCAUCCGACUCCGCCCAGGAUGUUUUCAUGAUGGUGUUCAGGUCACUAAAGGGGGCGUGGCCAUGUGUGUUCAUGUAUAUAUAGAACAGGUAGAGACACACCUGGCACACCUCAGUCAGAUUCCACAGAAUCUCAUCUUCAUGUUUGUUUUUAGGACUUUUCAUGGCCCCCGGGAUGUAAAAUCACCAGCCAGUAAACGUCACGUCUGUAAUGAAUCAUCUCUGAAUGAAAACAAACGAUGAAGAGUUUGGUUCCAGAACAACAUGUUGAUCCUGUAAAACUCUGUUUGUACCAUCAGUGAACUGCAGCCAGGAGGGUUUAAACUGUCCAAAACUGACAAUCGGACAACCACACCUUCUCUACGCAGUGAUUGGCCGGGUGUGGGCAGGUGUGAAAGUGGGCGGGGUCUGAAGGAAUUCGUGCCACAGAGUCGGUGCAGGUGAUCCUGAGCAUCAGUGCUUUACUGGACCGUCCUGCAGAGUUGGUUUCUAAACGAGCCUCUGGACUCAAAGAUCUUGACGCACUGCAUUGUGGGUGUGUUCUUGUGCCAGGAAGGCGUCAGUAUGCAGGGUCACACCUGACGCAGGUGUUUUGAGGUGUCAGACACCGUUUUGAGGUGUCAGACGGCGGCGUCUUGAAGCGUUGCAGAUAAGCGUCCUGCUGUAGCUUUCUCAAGAAUCACACAUGGUGGCGCGUCGAUGCUGUAAAAUGUGACAGCGGCGUUUCCUCACGUGUCGACCGGCAGCGUCUCAAUGCUGUCACGGUCACAUGUCCUCUGUGGACUUCAACCUGAGCUGACGUGAGUCCAGACCAGGAAAAAAGCUGCAGAUGUUUUCAUGUGUAAAAUGUUGCAGAUGUGCGUCGCUCUCGUUCCUUCCUUCCUUCCUUCCUUCCUUCCUUCCUGCUUCGCCUCAGUCAGGGACAACUGAAACUCCGACAGCAUCGAGUGGGGCUUGUGUGCUGUAGCAUGGACAGGUGUCCACGUGUCUUCGUCCUCUGUCCCGAUGAAGACGAGGUUCAGUCAGUGACGUCUUCAUCUGUUUCUGGAAUCAAACUCUUCAUCUGUGGAAAAAAUAACUGGACUGAUGCAUCGCAAUAACACUUUGAAUGUAAGAAUCGCCGGGGAGACGUAGACGAGAGACAUCGUCAGUAUCGUUGACGUCUUCGUCUUCAGGCGGACGGGAGGACGGGAGCCAGACCGCUGUCGUCAUGGUGAUGGGAAGUGGGAUUUCUUCAUUGUUGAGUGUUUGUUUGACUUCACUGAGGCAGCAGCUUCACUGUCUCAGGCCUGAAGGACAGACUGCGGGAUAACUUUCAUGUAUUUUGUUGUGUCCUAUCGAUUAGGAUGGGGGUCGUCGAUGUAUCAGAGUAUCAACAUGAGCUCACGGCUGUAGCGACGCAGUGGGGUUUUAUUGAUCAGUGUGACAGGUGUGAAAGGUGAAGCACUAUAAUAAACUCAUGUAACA